CGUAUCCGUCGCUCUCAACCGCUGUGCCCCACACCUCACACGCUAUCAGCCAAACCCGGUUUAGGACUCAGUCUCAUUUUCUGAAGAAAAAAAAAAACACACGCGCACCCACCACCAUCACCAUGGAUCCGAUCUUCCAGGCUACCCGCACCCCCAACCUCAACGCGCUCAUGUACAUGGCGCCCGCAUCGCAGCGCUACAAGACCCAGCUGUACCUGCAGGCCUGCUGCACCCUCAACCUGUGCAUGUGCGCCGCCGUCGACGAUCUCCUUCGCCGCACCUACGUUGCCGUCUACGAGAACAAGAUUGAGUACAACUACCCCUGGUGCAACUGCUGGUGCUUGUGCGACCAAGUCGGCGUCGUCUACUUUGACCGCACCCUGACCGCCGCCGUCACCCCCGCCGGAUGCUGCACCCCCGCGUUCACUCACUGCAGCUGCUGCCCGACCUGCUUUGACAUUUGCGGCGAGGCCAUCGUCCUCCACGGCGCCACUUGCUGCGACAAGAACCAGACCAUCAUUGGCGGCAUUUGCUGCUGCCGCGCCUGGACCCUGCUCCCUGGUCUCGACAACGCCGGCAACCUUGCCGCCGCCAUCCUCUCCAACCGCGCCAUUGCUCUGGCCAAGCUCCAGGCUGGCGGCCAGGUUGUGAUGGCUUAAACAGCAAUCAGAUCAGAACUUGAGACGACGACGCGCUUUUUUUUUUAAUUUGUUGUUGUUCUUGUUGGUGUUUUGCUUGUUGAGUGCUGGUGCGCGCGCGCUGAGUGUUUCAGAAUGAUGCUGAGGUAUACUUGUUACAAGCCAAGAACAAGGUGUUUUGUUUCU